AUGCCUUCGGAAGUACAGGAAAGUGAUCGCAAAAGAACAAACGAAGAAGUAGAGAAAAUUACAGAUGAUAAUCACGGGCCAGAAACAAAGAAGCAAAAGUCCGAGGUUGAGGAAAGUAAGGACAGCUGGAAGAAAGGAGAGGCUCCAAUUAAAGAAGAGUACAGAGUGCAUGACUCGUAUGUUGGUGGAGAAAUAGACGAUGAUGAUUUGGAAGCAAGUAGAACAUUUCGAGGAGACGAGGAGAAUGGCAACAACAAGAAGGGAAAGAGAGUGAAGAGAAAGGGAAAGAAUAGAGGACAGAAUCACAAUAGACGGCUGAUCCAGGCAAGAGAACGCAUCAAGUUGUGUGCUUCUGUGGUUGAUCCUGAAGAUGAAAUACACACAUGCCAUUAUGGAGCGGACAAUUGCAAGUUUUCGCAUGAUGUGGAUGCUUAUUUGAAGGAGAAACCGGCCGACAAUCCAGGUAUGUGUCCAGUUUGGGAGAAGAAUGGAUACUGUCCAGCUGGUGUGAAGUGUAGAUGGCUGGGGUCGCACUAUGAUAAAGAGAAGAAGAAACUAGUUUAUAAAGACGGAUACGUGAGAAAGGAGGAGAUGGGGGAGUUGAACUGGAUCUCGGGGUCCCAAAAGCACACACUUCAGAAGCGAAAGGUCCCACUCACCAAGUCGGAUGAUAUUACGAAAUGGAUCGAUGAGAUUUAUCGGGGAAAAUCUCCGGAAGAGGUAAGAAAGGAGGAGCAGGAGCAUGCAGCAACUUAUAUAGAGCCACCAUUCAGGCCAUGCGAGAAGAAGGAUCUCCAUUUGAAGGGAAAGAAGAUUGUGGCACCAUUAACAACAGUUGGAAACCUCCCGUUCAGGCGUUUAAUGAGAACUUUGGGUGCAGAUGUGACAUAUUCAGAAAUGGCACUCUGUCUUCCACUUAUCCAGGGUUCGAAGUCAGAGUGGGCCCUAAUGAAGGCUCACCAGAGUGAGUACCCAGGCUUUGGAGUGCAGCUUGCAGCAUCAAAGCAUUGGCAGACUUCUAAAGCUGUCGAAGCCAUUGCCAAACUUGCACCAAACGUCUCAGAGUUCAAUUUGAACUGCGGAUGUCCGAUCGACUUGCUUUUCCGUAAAGGUGAGGGCAGCGGGUUGAUGGAUAACCCAAACAGGAUGCUCAGGAUUCUCAAAGGCAUGAAUUACUGCUCGGGUGACAUCCCCGUCACAGUUAAGAUGAGAAUGGGUGUGAGAGAUGAAAAGCCGCUUGCAAAGCAGAUUGUCGAAAAGUUACUUCCAGAAGGUGAUGUGGCGGCAAUCACGAUCCACGGAAGAUCACGUAAGCAGCGGUACACCAGGCUGGCCAAUUGGGAUUAUGUUGGAGAGACGGCAUCAGUAGUGAAGGGGUGGUAUGAAGAAAACGAAGACACUCAGGCAAGUAAGGAGAAGGCAGAGUUGAGACCUGUGUAUGUUGUUGGAAACGGAGACUGUUACACGUAUGAAGAUUACAAUAAGGACAUGUCUUAUCCUGGAAUGGAUGCAGUGAUGAUUGGCCGAGGAGCAUUGAUAAAGCCUUGGAUAUUCGAGGAGAUUGAUUCUCAGCAGUAUCUCGAUAAGACUGCAAGCGAGAGACUCUCGAUUAUUGAGCAGUACAGCAAGUUUGCAUUGGACCACUGGGGUUCGGAUGAGUUUGGAGUGAACACUGCUAGACGGUACAUGUGUGAGUUUUUGUCGUUUACAUACCGGUAUGUGCCUGUUGGUCUACUUGAGAGGCUUCCACCGAAAUUAAACCAGAGACCUCCUCCUUACAGAGGCAGAAACGAGCUUGAAACUCUUCUUGCAUCUCCAGAUUACAAGGAUUGGAUCAAGAUCACGGAGAUGUUUCUUGGAAAGGCAGAUGAUGGAUUCUCCUUUAUUCCAAAGCAUAAGAGUAACUCAUAUGAGAAUCCGAACUGA